GCCAGAGAGUUAAAUGCCUUGCCUGACGUGACUUAUUCGCGUUUCUGACGCUCACGCGGCAAGUUGCAAGUUGCUCGUUGCCAGUCGCCAGUUGCCAGUUGGCAGUGAGACCAAAAAAACCUAAAUCCGAUUUGUGAUUGUGAAAUCCUAACAAGCAUAGUUUGUACAUACUUAAUUUUCCGGCAAUUAGUGUGCGAUACCAGCAGCCAACUCAUGUCAACUGAUGAAGACUCCCAGGGCAGUCCGCUCUGCCCAGCAACGCCAACAUCCGGGGAGCGCGAGCGGGAACGCGACCGCGAAACACGGGAACGGGAACGGGAACGAGAACGAGAGAAGGUUAAGGGCAGGGGCAAUGCUGCCGACUUGCUGCGUCAUCAGCAAAGCUUCGAGGCGAGAUAUAGCAGCAUUAUUCAGAAGCAAAUCUGGGAGACGACCAUCAACAAGGAUGUGAUGGAACGACAACUUAAUGCAUACUUUCCCUUUGCGCGCAGUGCCUCACUCAACAAGGACGGUUCGCCGGGAUUCUACCUGAAUCCCAGCCAGGGCACUAGCGAGAGCUCGAUGAAAACCCGCUCUCUGGGCACCACGCCCAUCAAACAACGUUCAACCGCUUGCCUCGAGAAACUAGAAACUUUGGAUAUAGCCGAGAAGCAGGAAACGCCGGGUAAAGCAAAACCAUAGAGAAAGGACUUUGUAAAUUACUGCGAAGUACCUUGAUAUUGAAUUCCAAUAAAUGGGAUAUAAAGGUAUUAUUACUAUAUUCCUAAUACCUUGACGACUUCAAAUUUGAGAAUGGUUAUGUGCUAAUAUGAAAUUUGCUGAAAUGCAGCUCGAACCUGCAACCAGCUCAUUGUAUAAAUUAUCGAAAAAUCUAAGAUUUUUAUUAUCCAGUUGCAGCUUAUCGAGAAUAAUGUUUUAUUAUACAUAUUUGAUAAUAUUCAUUUUGAUUCGUUUCACUUUACUAAAUUUACACUA